AUGUCUGCCUCAAUUCUACCCCGAAUAUACCGUCACGGCGUCAAUUCUUUGCGGCCGUGUGUAUCCCAGUCCUACUUUCACAGUGUCUCCAAGUUGCAGCAUGAGAAUCCAUUAGGUCUGCCAAAAGCUGGCACGCCGCCUCGGCUGCAACGCCGAUUGCCGGACCGUACGCCUAUCAAGGGCGUGGCCAAGGUGAUUAUAGUAUCCUCGGCCAAGGGUGGUGUUGGCAAAAGUACAAUAGCUGCCUUUGCUCGGCAGGGCUACCGCACUGGCAUCCUCGACACCGACAUCUUUGGCCCGUCCAUCCCGACGCUCUUCAACCUAUCCGGCGAGCCGCGCCUCUCCAGCGACAACAUGCUCGUUCCCAUGUCCAACUACGGGGUCAAGACCAUGUCCAUGGGCUACCUCGUCCCCGAGGGCCAGGUCGUCGCCUGGCGUGGUCUCAUGGUUAGCCGCGCCCUGACCCAGCUGCUGCGCGACGUCGCCUGGGACGGGCUCGACGUUCUGGUGAUGGACCUGCCGCCGGGCACGGGCGACACGCAGCUCAGCAUCGCCCAGCAGGUUGUUGUGGACGGCGCGCUCGUCGUCACCACACCGCACACGCUGGCCGUGCAGGAUGCCGUGCGCGGCAUCCAGCUGUUCCGCAAGGCCAAUGUGCCGCUGCUGGGCGUCGUCCAAAACAUGAGCGUGUUCUGCUGCCCCGGCUGCCAAACAGAAACGCACAUCUUUGGCAAGGGUGAGGGCGUGCGCAAGGCAUGCGCCGAGCUGGACGUGCCGCUCCUCGCGGACAUUCCGCUGCACCCCCUCAUCGGGGACGAUGCGCACCGGGGCAAACCAACGGUCGUAUCGGAACCCGAGAGCAGCAGAGCGCAAGCCUUUUUGACGUUGGCUAAAGACAUCGGGAAAACAAUUGGGCUGUCUUAG